AUGGCCGGGUACAAAAUCACACCGCACAUCAGCGAGAAAUAUCCCGCCCUAUCACAGCAGAUCCGUGUCAUGGACGAGGCGGUCCUGCGUCUCAUGGAUGCCAGAAGAGGGGAAAGGGAAGACAGGUUAGUUUCACAGUUCGCCGUCGAAGUGCAGCGUAUUUCCAUUUUGAACGGGGAGCUCGUCGCGCGAGGUCGUUCUCCUUGA